AUGCUGAUGGUCGCCAUUUUUGCUGGAACCAUGCAGCUGACCAAAGAUCAGGUGGUCUGUUUGCCCGUCCUGCAGUCGGCUGUCAACGCAAAGGUGCAGCCCAGCUCCCCGGCGAGUGCCAAAGCUACAAACGCUGUUCCGGAACCCGAAACAACCGCAGCCCAAGACAAAGAAGCGCAGGGAGGAAGGGCUGUUUCUUUUGCACCUGUCGUCGCAACUGACAUACCUCUCAGCAGAUCUACCUUUCCGCCGUUGCACUCCACUGUCGCCAGUCCGGAGGAGAAGAAGGAGCAGGCAGAUCCCCUGGGCCGAAAAACUAACUUGGAUUAUCAGCAAUAUGUUUUCAUUAACCAGAUGUGCUACCACUUGGCUCUUCCUUGGUAUUCAAAGUACUUUCCCUACUUAGCUCUUAUACAUACCAUUAUUUUAAUGGUCAGCAGCAACUUUUGGUUCAAAUACCCCAAAACUUGCUCGAAGAUCGAGCACUUUGUUUCCAUCCUGGGGAAGUGCUUUGAAUCUCCGUGGACUACAAAGGCGUUGUCUGAGACGGCGUGUGAGGAUUCUGAGGAGAAUAAGCAGAGGCUGACCGGGGCCCAGUCUUUGCCCAAGCAUGUGUCCACCAGUAGCGAUGAAGGAAGUCCGAGCGCCAGCACUCCCAUGAUCAACAAGACGGGCUUCAAGUUUUCAGCGGAGAAGCCCGUCGUCGAGGUUCCGAGCAUGACCAUUUUGGACAAAAAAGAUGGCGAGCAAGCCAAAGCCCUCUUCGAAAAAGUACGGAAAUUCCGGGCGCACGUGGAGGACAGCGACUUGAUAUACAAGCUCUAUGUCGUCCAGACGGUCAUCAAAACUGUGAAGUUCAUAUUUAUUCUCUGCUACACGGCAAACUUCGUCAACGAAAUCAGCUUUGAGCACAGCUGCAUGCCCAAAGUGGAGCACCUGACCGGCUACCAGGAGUUCGAAUGCACACACAACAUGGCUUACAUGCUGAAAAAGCUGCUCAUCAGUUACAUUUCCCUCAUUUGCGUCUACGGUUUCAUCUGUUUGUACACACUCUUCUGGUUGUUCCGGUUACCCCUGAAGGAGUAUUCCUUUGAGAAGGUUAGGGAAGAGAGCAGCUUCAGCGAUAUUCCGGAUGUUAAGAACGACUUUGCGUUUCUCUUGCACAUGGUGGACCAGUAUGACCAGCUGUACUCCAAGCGGUUUGGCGUCUUCUUGUCGGAGGUGAGUGAAAACAAGCUGAGGGAAAUAAGCCUGAACCACGAGUGGACUUUCGAAAAGCUGCGCCAGCAUGUUUCCCGCAACGCCCAGGACAAGCAAGAACUUCAUCUCUUCAUGCUCUCAGGGGUCCCUGAUGCCGUGUUUGAUCUUACCGACUUGGACGUGCUGAAACUUGAGCUGAUCCCUGAAGCUAAAAUCCCGGCUAAGAUCUCCCAGAUGACGAACCUGCAAGAGCUACACCUCUACCACUGUCCCGCAAAGGUGGAACAAACAGCCUUCAGCUUCCUUCGCGACCACCUGAGGUGCCUGCACGUGAAGUUCACCGACGUGGCGGAAAUCCCGGCUUGGGUGUACUUACUUAAAAACCUCCGGGAGUUGUACCUGAUAGGCAACUUGAACUCUGAAAACAACAAAAUGAUAGGACUUGAAUCUCUUAGGGAACUGAGGCACCUCAAAAUUCUCUACGUGAAAAGCAACCUGACCAAAAUCCCAUCCAACAUCACAGAUGUGGCCCCACAUCUAACCAAGCUCGUCAUCCAUAACGACGGCACCAAGCUCUUUGUGUUGAAUAGCCUUAAGAAAAUGAUGAAUGUAGCAGAGCUGGAAUUGCAGAAUUGCGACCUGGAGCGGAUUCCGCACGCCAUCUUCAGCCUCACCAACUUGCAGGAGCUGGAUCUGAAGUCCAACAGCAUACGCACAAUUGAAGAAGUCAUCAGCUUCCAGCAUUUGAAAAGACUGACUUGCCUGAAGUUGUGGCACAACAAAAUAGUCAUCAUUCCUCCUUCCAUUACCCACGUGAAAAACCUGGAGUCGCUUUACCUCUCCAACAAUAAACUCGAAUCCUUACCGGCUGCAGUGUUCAGUUUACAGAAGCUCAGAUGCUUAGAUGUGAGCUACAACUCUAUUGCAGUGAUUCCCCUGGAGGUAGGCCUUCUGCAGAACCUCCAGCACCUGCAUAUCACCGGAAACAAAGUAGACAUUUUGCCAAAACAGCUGUUUAAGUGUACCAAGCUGAGGACUUUGAGCCUGGGGCAAAACUGCAUCACCUCGAUUCCGGAAAAGAUUGGCCAGCUCUUGCAGCUAACACACCUAGAGUUGAAGGGGAACUGUUUAGACCGUCUCCCGGCUACGCUGGGUCUGUGUCGGCUUCUCAGGAAAAGUGGACUCAUUGUAGAAGAUCACCUCUUUGACACGUUGCCUUCAGAGGUCAAAGAAGCGUUGAACCAAGACACAAACAUUCCCUUUGCUAAUGGGAUUUGA